UUGAAACGUUUUGUUACCAAACACAACUACUUACAAAAAUGAAUAAGUAUUUCUUUAUUUUCCCAGUAAUUUUAAUAAUAAUUGUAAAAGACGUGUUUUCUCAAAUUAGAAGAAACAGACCUGAAGAUAAAACAAAGUGUCCAAGGGUUAGAGCAAUUAGGAAUUUUGAUUUACAACAGUUACUAGGAAAAUGGUACGUGAUAGAAUACUACGCCAGCUCCGAGGAGGCCUUGUCUUACCGAUGCAUGCGAGCAGAAUUUACGAUGUCUUCUUUCGAAAAUGUCAACAUGGAUUUUACCUACAGCUUCGUCGACGAUCCAAUAAACGAGCUUUUAAUGGGAAACAUUUCGUGGAUUAUACCCAAUCCCGAAGAACCCGCCCAUUGGGUCCAUUCGGAAGAUACAUACGAAGGUGUUUAUAAUACAUACAUCUUAGACUCAGAUUACAUCUCCUGGGGUUUACUACUACACUGCGCUGAGAAAUCAAAAGUACCUAGAUACCUUUCCAGCUUCAUAAUGAGCAGAGACCCGACGUUAGGCAAAAACGUAAUUUCUUAUCUGAGAGAAAAAUUACCUAGAUAUGACAUCGACUUGUCGUAUAUGUUCGACAUGCAGCAAACUGAGUGUAAUUCGACGUCGAUAGACUUACCUCCUUCCUUGUUUAUUAACAGACCAGCUGUGGCGACGAGAAGGCAUCCCAUGAAGCAUAUACAUCAGGAAGAACCAUGAAGAACGCAUUAUUAUAAUAAAUGUUGUAUUUAAUAACUUCAGUACAUCCAAUAUCCAAUUAUACAAUUUUUCGAAAUGUAAAUUCUAGACGUUCUCCGUUUCUAAUUGACGGGUCCUUCAUUUUUCAACUUAUUUAAUGAAUCGUAUAUAGGGGAUUUUACUCCAAAUUAUUAAAAACUGUACUUUUAUUAAAACCAAUAAAGACACAUUGUGAUUACUGAAUGAAAAACCAAAACAUUAUCUCGUUAGUUUCUACCAACAAGCCUUUUUGCAAGCUUGCAUUAGUUUCAUUACAUUAUCUUCUUAUAUAUUUGCUGUUGGUUGGUGUCGGUGAUUGUCCUUCUCUUGCUACUGUUACGCAGGUUUGUGGUAACUCAAUUUAUUUUGACUCAACUUUUACAAUUCAGCUAUACAACUGAUAACGUGAACGUCAGAGAAGUAGACAUGGGUAACGCACUAAAAUUCUUUGCGUUGAUACACUAACUCUGGCGCACUCUAUUGCGCCAACUCAUUGCGUUAUUGCGUCACACCACUGCCUGCGCCGAAUGAAGUCGAUGCACCUCGGUGUAUCGCAUGAUACCGGUGUUAUUCAGCGCGGGUUGUCCUCAGGGUUACCAGGUUUUUGAAAGAGAUGAUGGACAGACAGGGAAUUUUAGGGGAAAUAGGCGGAAGUAAAAACUACUGUGUCUAUUUUCAUUUUUUUAAUCAAAAUUACUUAUUUUGUAAAAAAUUCGUACCUAUUUUUUGGUAAAGAUAGACUGAGGUGUUUCAAAUAAUAAGGUGAAAAUGUUUUCUGACUUUGGAUUUCGAUUUGCGAUUUCUCGAUUUUCUAACUUUACAUUUUCACCUUAUUAUUUGUAAAGGUAAGGAUUUCUUGCAAAAUAAGUAAUUUUGAUUAAAAGAGUAAAAAUAGACCGAGUUGUUUUUAC